AUGAUCCCCAUCCCGCUUCUUUUUGACGAGUACGGGAGAUACGUCCUCGGUGUCGGAAUGUCUCCCGGUGCCGACGAGCAGCACUUCAAUUUCACGCUGUCGACGAGCGCGGGCCUCACCGCUGUCGCAGGAACGGGCUGCAGCUCAUGUGGUGGAGUGAAACUGUAUAACGAGUCGGCGUCGGACACUGCGAAGUCACUCGAUAUCUCGGACAGCUUAUCGUUCGCUGCUUCUACCUUGAGCGGCUCGUUGAUCAAGGAAAAUUGUAGCUUGACUGCCGCAACUUCGAGCUGGAUAUACAACAACCAAACCAUCGUCGUCGCGGAAAAUCAAGACAACGGCACCAUCGUCGGCAAUGGCGUGUCCGGCGUCAUCGGGCUAGGGACCAACCGCUUCUCGACGAGUUCCGAAUCCAACUCGAGCUCCUUCACGCCAAACUUCUCCGACUCGAUCUAUAGCCAGUGGCUCGACGAGCACCCCGAUGUAGAUAGCUUCCAGUUCGGCAUGGACAUCUCGAGUCCGGUGCUGAAGCCCACGUCCGUCUCGUCUGCCAGCAUGGCGGCAUCCGCGACAGCGACAUCGAGCAGUGCCGGGACGCUCCACUGGCUCGCGCCUGAUACGAGCGCAUAUAACGCGGAUCAGCUGACGUACAAGACUGUCACUACGAACUCGACCGUGGUAUAUGCGUCGAGCGACAGUGAGCCAGACUGGACCGUGACCCUGGAUAGCUGGAAAGCGACGAGCGACAACGGCGGAGCUUCGUAUGAUGUGGAGUUUUCUGCCACUGUCGAUCCAUACUACACGGACAUCUACUUUCCAGCGGAACAGGCGAGAUUGAUCAACGACCUUAUCUCCGACUCGUCUGUCUCGUCUAACCUCUCCAGCCUUGGGUCGCAGGCAGAGGAAUGGACCGUUCCUUGUGAUGCCAAGUUCACCGUAUCCUUUGUGAUCAACGACCAGACAUUCACGCUCGACCAGAGUGUGCUCAUAUCUGAGUUGAGCGACGGAUCGUGCGUCAGCGGCAUUGAGGGUUGGACAGACCCUUCCGUCGAGGAAUACCUCCUCGGCGCGCGCUUCGUCAGCCAGGUCUACAUAAUUUUCAGUGUAGGCCGCAACGGCACCGACAUGGUCGGCUUCGCACCCAAGAUCUCCGUCAAGAAGGGCGCUAACAUCGGCGCGAUCGUCGGCGGGACGAUCGGCGGCGUCGCAGGAGUGCUGCUCAUCGCCAUCGCCGCGUUCCUCUACAUCCGCAGCCGGAAGGACCGCGCGAUCGUCCGCAACGCCGAGACGAUCGUCGAGGAGCACAAGGCGGCCAACGCCGUCGAGCCGUACACGCUCGGCGCGCCGCAGGCCUCGCCGAUGCGCUCAGAGUUCUCGUAUGUGCAGGUGGGCAGCGCGCCGGGCUCGCCGGGCCUGUCGGAGCCGCUGCUGGGGACGCAGGAGGACGUCGCGCCGCCGUCGUAUGAGGCGUCGGAGAGCGCGCGCGAGGAGGUGGGCGCGGCGGUGGGCGCGGCGGUGCGGACGCGCCCGGAGAAGGCGGGGUAUGUGCGGCAUACCCUCGCGUCGAUGCAGGAGCAGAAUGAGGGGGCGGGGAUGGCGAGUUCGAGUGCUAAUAGCCUUCAGUAG